AUGUGCGUUCCGGCGUCCGAGGCGGCCCCGCCGCGGCCUUUCGCAGCUGCCCCGGGGGAGCUGCGGGAGCUGCUGGGGCGGGAGCCCGGGGGAGCUGCGGUGCAGGCUCCCCGGGAACUGUCCCGCUGCUGGGGCAGGCCGCGGGUCCCGGGGAAGCGAAGCGGGGCUGUUCCCGUUCCCGUCCCCGUGCGGGGCUGCGGGAGCGCCGUGUGCGGCCCCGGCCUGGCCGGGAGGAGCCGUUUGCCCCUGCAAAGCCCCACCUUCCCCGUUCCGGGUUGCGGUACCGCACCUAAGGCACCUCUGGCCAGCAGCCUUGCUCCUGCAGGCACCAGACCAGCAUGGAUGAAGAAAGAUCAGCCACACACUCAAAAGCAAUUUGUCUUUGAAAAGCCAUCAGAGGUGGAGCGCAGAGUUCCUGAGGCAGGCAUGAUAGACAAGCCUGGGGUGUAUGAGCUCAGCAAAGGACCAAGUGGUGUUUCUAGGAUUCAUUUGAUUUCUGGCUUUAUUGACUCAGAACAAGCAGAUUGGAUGUUUGAACAACUCCUCGAAGAUAUACCUUGGGGUCAGAGAACUCACAUCAGACAGGAUGUAUCUUUUGAGGAACCAAGGCUGACCUCCUGGUAUGGGGAACUUCCUUACACAUACUCCAGGAAAACAAUGCAGCCAAACCCAAAUUGGCAUCCCCUGCUGAGGGAGCUGAAGGAGCGCAUUGAGGAGUUCUCUGGCUAUACCUUCAAUUCUCUGCUCUGCAACCUCUACCGAACUGAGAAGGACAGCGUGGACUGGCACAGUGAUGACGAACCAUCGCUGGGAACCAAUCCUGUCAUUGCCUCGCUCAGCUUUGGUGCUACCCGGACCUUUGAAAUGAGGAAGAAACCCUCUCCUGAAGAGAAUGGAGACUAUACUUACGUAAAAAGACUAAGAAUCCCACUUGAUCACGGGACUCUGCUGAUGAUGGAAGGAGCUACCCAGGAGGACUGGCAGCAUCGAGUGCCUAAGGAAUAUCAUUCUAGGGAUGCACGGAUAAACUUGACCUUUAGGAUCAUUCAUCCAGAACCAGAUGGAGUUUGGAAGUGAAGAGGCACUUUGGGCAUUGUUGGACAGAAACCCACUGCAGAUCCAGAGCCUCAAAUUGCUACAGAUUUAAAGGAAGCCUUACAGGAACAGAGUUCUGAGAAAUAUGUGAUAGGGAAAA